CUAGCUACUGCAUCUGAUUGGUUUUCAGCAGUUAGAAAUCCUAUAAAUGUUCCUCGCUUGGUAUUCCCUCCACGGUUGCUCACAGACUGCCAUAUAGCGUGCUUUCCUGUACAUCAAGAGGUACUCUAAAAAAGCGAUCAUGAUGUCCGGGUUAGUGUUUACACUAUUGGUAGUGGUGAUAGUGACUGUCCACGGGAUUCCCAGAAGGGAUUGCAAUUGUCCUGAAGAAAAGGACCCGUGGUGCGGAGACGAGGGGACCUACAACAACCUAUGUGAGCUCGAGUGUUACGAUGAUGAAAUAAAUGGCCAUGAUACCUGUGAAAAUAUUGAGAAUUGUACAGAUGCUUUGCCACUACUUCCCGACAAGGAAGUGUGUGCCGAGCAUGAUGUCACCUUUGAAAAUAUCGAAGAGAUGGAAUGCGCCAAAAUGAAAUUUGUUCACGACGGCGAAUGUGUUUAAUUGAGAACAGAUAUACCUUCAAUAAGAAGAAAUAAAUAUCACGGUAUAUGAACACACCAAAAGGGCUGGAAGGAGAUGUUGAUUAUCAUCCAUGCUACAUAUGUGCGCAAUGCACACUAAAUACUGUGAUUUUCAAUAAUAAUAGCUGUUUCCCUUAAAAGCUGAAUAAUAUGUAAAUCACUUUAUGCAGGGCGUACUAUCGAUAUGUACUGUGAUGAAUGAUAGACUGGAAAAGUCUGACACAAAUGUAUUUUUGAAUAGAAACAAGUUUGUUUAAUACUGAAAUUGAAUCCUGAACUGAUAAAAUAAAUAAAAGAUAUCUGGUG